AAUUGGAGGGGGAAAUAAAGCACUCCACUCCCUGCGGUGCCCACCUCUCCCUGAACAGCUCCAGGGAGUUCCAAAGUUGAGCCCUCUUUGCGCCAAACCUCAAGUCGGUCCCUUGUGAGUUGCUCAUUGGACAGAGUGCUGAGCAUAUUUGCAUGACAUACCAUAGAGUUGCUGUUCCGAGGAAAAUUGCGGCUCCUCUUCUUGCAGUAGGUGACUCACCAGACUGCUGCUCCCUUUCGCUCGGAGUCUCAGUCAUUCAGCUGGCGGACUGAGCAGUUGCUUCCUCAAAGCCGGCUGCAGUCAGAAGGGGAAUUCAAACCUCUCUGCUAAACCGGUUUGGGGAUUCUCGAAAGAGGUUAGCAGGAGGCUUUUCUUUCGAGUUUGCACCAGCCAAGAGGAUGUUGAAAAGCGGGGAGCGUUGUUUCCCGGACUCCGAGUACAUCUCUGCAUUGGAAUCGCCCAUAUCCUGGGACAUCAACGACCCCAAACUGCCCCAGGAUGUGCAUCAACUGGAUCAUUUCCAGGAAUGGACGGAUUCCUAUGUUAAAUUUAUUUAUAGUUCAGAUGAUAAAAAUGCACAAAGACAUCAGAGUGGAUGGGCCAUGAGGAAUACGAACAACCACAACUGCCACAUACUGAAGAAAUCCUGUCUAGGAGUAGUGGUCUGCAGCAAUGAUUGCUCCCUGCCUGAUGGGAAAAAGAUAUAUCAGAGACCUGCCAUAUGUGAUAAGGCACGGCAGAAGCAACAAAAAAAAUGUUGUCCAAACUGUGGUGCUCCCUUGAAUCUCAUGCCGUGCCGGGGACAUGGGGGUUAUCCUGUCACCAACUUCUGGAGACAUGAAGGAAAAUGCAUAUUUUUUCAGGCAAAAGGUGUACACGAUCACCCCAGGCCAGAAACAAAGACAGAAGCUGAAGCAAGGAGAUCAAUCCACAAGAAAAGACCAUAUGGUGAAAAUAGUUGCUAUAAGAAUAAAAGAGACCUGCAGCUGAUAACAGGUCCAAUUGAAAACGAAGGAUCUCAGCCAACAUUUACUUCUAAUCCAAAAAGCGUAUUGUCUAAUCUCUAUGUAAAUGGAAACCUGGAAGAAUGUGUAGCAGUUGAGAACAUCUCUGGCAAUCCGUGCUUCUCAUAUACAAAUGGGCAUGACUUCGGAAAGCCCACCUACCUUUAUGAUCCACACUGCGAAAUGGAUAUCAGCAGAAUCUAUAGUAGAUGUGCACAACUUAAUGCAGGGUGCCAUAAUCCUGGGAAUUACGGUGGCCCUGGAACAAACUGCAGUACAAGUUUUGAGUGUGGAGAUUACCCCAACUGGAAUAAAAUUACAUUGGGAAAGAAUGGCUACAGCAACUCUUUUAUUAGAUAUUCUCAAAGUUCUUCAGAUCCUUGCAACGAAGCUGCCAGUCCUAAGAACUUCAGAGACCCAAUGCAGAAUGCACAAACUACAAUAAACAACAUGAACAAAACCAUGUACCAGACCUCCAAACCCAACCCGGAUGAAUACUGUGAUUAUCUAUAUGAUGCUAUGUUCCUGCAAAAUCAAAAUAGUGCUUAUGUUCCUGCUGCUAUUUAUCCACUUUAGAGUUUCUUCACAUACAAUAACCCAUAACUGCUAUGGCAAUGUGAAGGGCAGAAACACACAAUUUUAUCAAUAAGAAUCCCAACCUUUUUUUAAGAAGUCUUAACUAAACCACUCAUCAACUGGAAGAUAUUUAACAUUCCAACUGCAAAUUUUUAAACAUCAAUUCAAACAUAAAAUGCAUGUAUUAUUUAAAGAAAAACAAAAAAAACUCAUCAGUUCAAAUCAUGUGGUAAUUUUUUCUCCAGAGUUUAUUGUAAAUACUGGGUAAAUUUAUAUGAACUUUAUAUGAAAGACUAUCAAUAACAGUGACGCAAAUCCGGCAGCAUGAUUGCAGUGAACAAACAAUAACUAAGGUUAUCAUUUUUUGCCUAUACCCUGUAUGACAUUCUGUAGCAUGUUCCGUGAGACAAAUUCACCAUGUUAUAACCAAAUUUCGAUGAAAUGUAGUAUAAGUAGUAUAAUACUCAUUCAAUUCAUUGAUGUACAUAAAUUGCAGCUCACUCAUCCACACAUGGCUGACACAUUUGUCACUUUCAAAAAGGACGUGUAGCACAAUGGAUUAAUGGUUGUAAAAUAUUUAUUGCUUUUCAGAAGUUACCUCAGGAUUAAUUUUAUGUGCCAGCAGGUUAUCUCAUGUAGAAAACAGAAAAUCAAGUACAUCGUACAUAAAGUGUACAUUACAAUGCCUAUUUGAAAGUUCUCAGUUUGGAUAUCCACUUACAUUCGGAAAACUGUAUUGCCAGAAUCUGAAAUGAUGGCCUAUGAGGGAUUUCUUUACUGAGGUCACAAGUGCCUUUAUCAUUAUAUUUAACCAAUGUCAUAUGUCAUACAGGGAUCAUUUUUGAUUGCCAGAGACAGCAAAAAAAAAUCAUUCUUUUAAAGUUUCUUCUUCAACAGGAGGGAGAUAUAAUCACAUUUUCUAGAAAAUUUCACCUCUGUGCCUUUUUUGAUUAAAAGUACUUUGCUUUGUGCAGUUUUAUUACAAUGCUUCAUUUUAAAUUUAUAAUGUAUAAUAUGGAAAUAUUAUCAAAUCUUAGCACCAGCCUGAAGAUAAUGUCGUAUAGUUGUGAUGUCAUUAAAAAAUACCUACAUGAAAUAAAACUAUAUGCAUUGUGUUAAUAUUUGAAUACCAAAUAAAGCUAAGCAUAAAAAUAUUGUAUGAAUGUCUUGAGUUCAACUUUAGUUACGAUAUGCGAGUUUGGUUCAACAUUUAGAUCCUUGUAACAUAUUGCCAUUUGUUUUAAUUUAAUGAAGUAGUCAAAGAUCCUGCAAUCGUGUGGGGUAUGGGUCAUGGGUCACUUGUGUGUAUUUAAUCAAAACUGUACGUCUAAAAGUGCUGUUGUGACAUGCUUAUUAAAUAGCAUUAAUAUCAA